AUGCCGGUGCUGGAGCGCUUCUUCCCAGCGGCAGAGCCGGGCAGGCGGAGGAGGACAGGGGAAGAGCCAAUGCCCUUUCCCAUGGGCAGUCUGCCUGGUUAUCAGCAGGGGACCCUGGCCUGGGACUUGCCCGAGAUGAUCAAGAUGGUAAAGCUCGUUUGGAAAUCCAAGGGAGAGCUCCGCGGGGCGAAGCACAGAGGGGUUUUGGAGAGCGAGGAUGCCCUGGGCGGUUCGGCAGGAGAUGCACGGGUGAGAGGUCAGACAGGGGUUCUCUCCGAGCGCCGUGGCUCCUACCCGUUCAUAGACUUCCGUCUUCUUAACAAUACUACACUCUCAGGGGAAAUUGGAACCAAGAAAAAAGUGAAGAGACUGUUAAGUUUCCAGCGGUAUUUCCAUGCAUCCCGGUUACUGCGUGGAAUCAUACCACAAACCUCUCUGUACCUACUGGAUGAGGACUAUCUUGGUCAAGCAAGGCAUAUGCUGUCCAAAGUGGGAAUGUGGGAUUUUGACAUUUUCUUGUUUGACCGCUUGACAAACGGAAACAGUCUUGUAACACUGCUUUGUCACCUCUUCAAUGUGCAUGGACUUAUCCACCAUUUCCAGUUAGAUAUGGUUACAUUACACAGGUUUUUAGUUAUGGUUCAAGAAGAUUACCAUAGCCAAAACCCAUACCACAAUGCUGUCCAUGCUGCUGAUGUCACACAAGCUAUGCACUGCUAUCUGAGGGAGCCCAAGCUUGCCAACUUCCUCACCCCACUGGACAUCAUGCUUGGACUGCUAGCUGCUGCGGCUCAUGACGUGGAUCAUCCAGGGGUCAACCAACCCUUUCUGAUCAAAACUAACCACCACCUUGCCAGUCUCUACCAGAACGUUUCAGUGCUAGAAAACCAUCACUGGCGAUCUACGAUAGGCAUGCUUCGAGAGUCACGGCUCCUCGCCCAUCUGCCCAAGGAGGUGACACAGGACAUCGAGCAGCAGUUGGGCUCCCUGAUCUUGGCAACAGACAUCAACAGGCAGAAUGAGUUUUUGAUCCGUCUGAAAUCUCACCUUGACAAUCAGGAUUUGAGACUGGAAGAUGCAGAAGACAGACAUUUUAUGCUUCAGAUUGCGCUCAAGUGUGCUGACAUCUGCAACCCUUGCCGGCUCUGGGAUCUGAGCAAGCAGUGGAGUGAACGGGUCUGUGAAGAGUUUUACCGGCAAGGUGACCUGGAACAAAAAUUUGAACUGGAAAUAAGCCCCCUUUGUAAUCAGCAGAAGGAUACAAUACCAAGCAUACAGAUUGGGUUCAUGACAUACAUCGUAGAGCCACUCUUUGAGAGGUGGGCCCAGUUUACAGGAGACACCCCCUUAUCGGAAAAUAUGCUGAACCAUCUCAGGAGGAACAAGGCCAAGUGGAGGAGUUUGCUCCACAAGCAACACAGCAGUAGUAGAAGCAAUGACCACUCAGGUCAAGUGACUGGCAGCCAAGAACAGACUUUAAAUGAGGAAGAGACUCCUUAGUGGCAGCUUUGCACAUUUCCUUAUAGCACUGCUAUCUCUGUCUUGAUCACAGCAGCGAACAAAAUCCCGAGAAGCUAGAAGCCUGUUGUCAAGACUGUGGAAAGGGAAGACAUGGCAAAGCAGAAGCUGUAAGGGUCCUCACAAACUAACCUAUGGUUCUGCUGGGUUCCAUUCUGGAUCUCCUUCAUGUUCCUCUCCCCUCUCUUCAUUCUGCCCAUGCCUGAUGCCGUUUGCCACUUCUGAUCAUGAACUGCCUGAGUCCCAGUCAGCACUACUGAAGCCAGGCUGGUUACAGCUGCCAUGAAGCAGGGAGGAUUACUGGGAGAACAGGGGAGACAGAGGUGCUCUUGGUUACAUGUUCAUUUACCAUGAGUCGUACUGUGACAUAUGUAUAUAGGCCCAGAGUACCACAUGCUUUCUAGGCUGGCAGCUGGGCUGCACAGUAAACCACCAGCAUCUUCAGCAUCCAGAGGACACCAGCUGAGUGAGACAGCACUUGCAGAGGGCAAAGAGAGUCUGGUUAUUUUGGUAAUUGAAACAAAAAUCUUUUUAACUUUUGUAUUCUGUGCACUAAACAACAGAUCUCUAAACCUUGGGCUGAAGUUACUCUCAAUAUACACAACUCCAGUGUAACAAGGCUCAUUUUGGUAAUCAUUUUUAUGCCACUUUGGAUAAAA